AUGAAUGCGCUCACCGUCGACCGGGCGCGGGCACUGCUGCGCGGCGGCGCGGACCCCCUCGCCGGCGCGCCUUCUGCCCUCGAGCGGGCGCGCGUCCUCUGCUCGUGGAGCGAGUCGGAUCCGACCGUUGCGGCCGUCGGCUCCACAGUCGCGGUCCACUCUCUGGUCUCGCGGCCCUCGAUGAACGGCAAGGUCGGUGUCGUCGUCUCCGCAAACGCUUCGACGGGCCGCUUCGGCGUGCGCGUGGCGGGCGAGGCCAAGGCGCUUGCGCUCAGGCGCGCAAUGCAAUGGCCGGCCAACCUGCAGCCAGCGGCCGAGGCGGUGGAGGUGGGCAGGCUCAUCCUCAAGGCGACGGAGUGGUCGCCGCAGUCUCACGAGCUCUUCCCGGAGCCGGCUCGCAAGUGUGCGGUCGAGGUGAUGCGGCUGGGCUACCUGAUCGCGUGGGACGAGGAGCGCUUCGACAGCCGCGAGGGAGCGGCUCCAGAGCUGGCUGACGUCUGGCGCGGCUUUGUGCUGCCAAGGUUUGCGUCUCGUCUCCGCGUCGCGCGGCUCCGAGUAGAUGAGGUUGACGGCACGCUCGAGCGCCCGAAUGCCGCACGCCUCGCGGCCGAGCUCUGA